UGUCUAACCUGUUUACAAACGGAAAAGAACUCGCGUGCAGUGUUUUGAUUGGCCCUCGUUUUUUCCAAACCGGAAAUGGCAUCCGUUCGGAAUUGACAGCACUCCCGAAGAUGGCGGGGGUGUUUGAGGUGGAGGUUGAUGGUGUAGAACACGAUCAUGGACUCGGACAUCACGAUGAGACAAAUCAGGUCGACUUGUCCCAUCUGUCACCGGAGGAGAAGUGGAGGUUGGAGCAUGCCAGGAUGCAUGCAAAACACAAGGGUCAUGAGGCCAUGCACGCUGAGAUGGUGCUGAUCCUCAUUGUCACCCUAGUCAUCGCCCAGCUGGUCCUUGUGCAAUGGAAACAGAGGCAUCCCAAGUCCUACAAUCUGGUGACUCUGUUCCAGAUGUGGGUGGUUCCUCUGUACUUCACCACCAAGCUUCACUGGUGGAGGUUCCUUGUCACGUGGUUCAUCUUCUCUGUCGUCACUGCAUACGUUACCUACCGGGCCACACGUAAGCCACUGGAGUGCACUACGCCUAGGCUGGUCUACAAAUGGUUCCUCCUCCUCUACAAGAUCAGCUAUGCCACAGGGAUAGUGGGCUACUCUGUCGUCAUGUUUACACUGUUUGGCAUCAACUUGAUAUUUAGAAUAAAACCGGAGGACGCGAUGGAUUUUGGUGUGUCCUUGCUGUUCUAUGGUCUGUACUAUGGUGUCCUGGGUAGGGACUUUGCUGAAAUGUGUGCAGACGUCAUGGCAUCGACAGUGGGGUACUACAGUGCGUCUGGAAUGCCCACCAAGCACCUCUCUGACAGUAUCUGCGCUGUGUGUGGCCAGCCCAUUCUGGUCGACGUCAGCGAGGAGGGAAUCAUCGAGAACACCUACAGACUAUCCUGCAACCAUGUAUUCCAUGAGUUCUGCAUACGAGGAUGGUGCAUUGUGGGAAAGAAGCAGACAUGCCCGUACUGUAAAGAGAAGGUGGACCUGAAGAGAAUGUUCAGUAACCCCUGGGAGAAGCCACAUGUCAUGUAUGGACAACUCCUGGACUGGCUCCGCUACCUUGUUGCUUGGCAACCCGUAAUCAUUGGACUUGUGCAAGGCAUCAACUAUAUCCUGGGCCUAGAGUGAUCUGGGAAAGUGGAGUAGAGGGACACACAAGCCGUAUGGAGAAGAUACUGCACUGGUCUGACUGAGGGAGACUUGGAGGCCUCACCAUGGACUCUACGAACAUCUAUUAUAAACUGUGUCUAUACCUGUACUAUUUGUAUAGAUUUAUAGGCACAUAGUAUCUGUAUUUAAGAUUUAUUUGAAUUUUACAAGUAAUCUGGGUUUAGAUGUCGGUUUAAUUUUUGUUUAGUCAGUCGCAACUAAACCAAAUGCAGUGUACAUUUCUUAGCUUAGUAAAAUGGUUGUUUUUUCAUGGAGAUGCUUUUUCCCAAAAUAAUUUGUCUUAACUUUUCUUGUUGAUAUUUGUUGGAUUCUAUGGCAAUGAGUAGUUAACACUGCUCAGAUGAAUGAGUGGAGCAUUGCAGAGUGACAGUCGUUUUGUGUGUUAAAUCUGCGCCUUUUGAUAGUGAAGGUCCUGGUUGAAUGUGGCUGCUGGGGGGAGAGUUUCUGGUUCCUCAGGAGCACUAGUCUCAGACAGUGUAUCCUAUCCUACUACAGUCAUAUUUUUAAGAAGGGCACUGCUUUCUCCAAUAUACCCUCCUCACGCCUCCCUCAGAUGGCCUCUCCUGUCUGUAUUCAGCCCAGAUGGCUCUCCAGGAACAGAUACUGUAAAAGACAAUGUUUGCAAGAAGGUGAAUAACAUUUGAUUUUUUGGUUUACUUUCUUGUCAUGUUUUUGUUCUGUUAAUAAACGUGACACAGUCAA